AUGGCGGACAUCAUUUUCGAUAAUCACAACCAUGAUCCGCGUCGACAAACCUUCAUCAUACCCCUAACUUAUUCAGACAUAGCUCUUGGUGCUGCUGAUAUUCCCCGCAUCAGCCAUGGUGGUGACAUUUGGGAAAUGAGAGUCGAUCUCCUGAGCCCCUCUCGUGAGCCUCUGGGUACCACGAACUUGCCGCCACUGAGCUACGUCCAAGCUCAGAUAAAACUCCUUCGAUCUCUGUCUGGCAUGCCUAUUCUCUUUACUAUUCUCACAGCGCCUCAAGGGGGCAAGUUUCCUCCGGACGCCGAGAACGAGGCUCUGGCGUUGAUGCUCAUGGCUGUGGAAGAGCAGUGCAAAUACAUUGAUGUUGAGAUCGAAUGGUCUCCUGAAAUGAUCAACGCUGUCGUUGAGAAGAAAGGAAGCUCGAAGAUCAUCGCCUCGUUCCAUGAUUGGACUGGUGAUAUACGAUGGACGAGUGACCUCCUACAGGAGAAGUAUGCCACAGCGGACGCUUUCGGAGAUAUCAUGAAGCUCAGCAUUUUCUCCGCAGAUGUCUAUGAUUGCCACGAGCUUGCUCUAUUCGAAAGAAGUCAUUCUUCACAAAACCCUAAGCCUCUCCUUGCCGUGGGCAUGGGGCAGUAUGGCCAGCUUUCGAGGAUUCUUUCGCCGAUAUCACUUGUAACACACGAGCUCCUUCCCGCCCCAUCUGCUCCCGGUCAACUCACCCUGGCGGAGUUGAAUUGCGGGAGACAGCUGAUGGGCCUUCUUCCGAGGCAAUAA